AUAGCCAAGGUGAAAUGAUAGAAACCACAAUUUCUAGGGUUUUGUUUUUCAAAUUUCGCAAUUGUUCCGUUGAUCACUAUUUUCGCAUGUUUCUUCCAAGUAAUGUUACCAGUAGAAGUAGGGCUGUUUCAUCUUUCCAUCUUCAUUUCUUUAGUUAGGAUGCAACUUUCAAUUCGAUUUUAUAUUUUUCUCGUUAGGGAGAAAGGCUGUUUUCUUUCUUUGUGUUGGGUGUUUCUUACUUUCGAGAUCUGUUAUUGCUAUAUUUCUAGUUUUUACUCAUCGGUAAUUGCUUUAUGCACUCUUCCUUUUGCUAAACUCAUUCGCCUAUCGUAGCGUUGUAACCGAACUUGUACUGUAUGUAUGUAUGUGAGUGCUGUGUAUGAGAAAUUUUGUGUUUGCUUUUAUACGUUGUUAAUUUGAUUUUGUGUUAACUGUAUUGAGGAUGUUGCUUCAUCAAUUACUGUCUUUCUCUUCGUUUCUACUUUGAAUAUUGUCGUUAUAGGUUUCAAUGUGUGCUGACGCAACUGUUGUACAGUGAUUUUGAAUGCUUGUGAAAAUUGUUGUGGCCUUUUGUAUGGUUUUCUAAACUCUCUUAUUGUUGGUUUGCAGUUAAUUUUGACUUUCAUAUAACAAACAGACUGCAUAGGGAUUCUUUUGGCUGUCAGACUGUUUCCUUUUGAGUUUAUGACUGUGUUGGGUUUUCAUUAUGAGUGGUGCACCUAAGAGAUCUCAUGAAGAGUCCGUUCAUUCAUCUUCCAAGCACCCGCAUGAAGAUUCGGGCACAUAUUCCAAGUUGGUUUCAUCGUCAGUUUCAAAUGAGUAUCAUAUGCCUUAUGAUAUAAGUCAGGAUUCCCGGGUGGCAAAAGCACCCCGAACUGAAUUUCGUGAUGCAGAUAAAAGAUCUCCUCUUCAUUCAGUGUAUCGCAUGCCGUCAUCUUUGAGUGAUUCUCAUGCAGAUCAUCCUAUUGGUACUGAGAAUAGGAUAGAAUCAAGGGAUUCCAAGGACAGUAGAGAUCUCAGGUUUGAGAAUCGUGAUACAAAGACAGAGAAGAAGGAGGUGUAUGGUGAAGCAAGAAGGGAUCCUCAGAGUGCCAAGAGUGAAAAGGAUGUGCGCGUGGAAGGUAGAGGAGAUGAAAACAAGGAUGUUAGACAUGAUCGAGAUAGUCAUAAUGAUUCAAAAGGUGACACCAAGACAGAAAAGGAUGGUUUCAGUGUGGUUGGUAGCCAUUUGAAUUGGAAAGAUUCAAAAGAGUACCAUAGGGGAAAAAGAUACUCUGAUGCCCCUAGUGGGAGUUUGGACACAUGGCAUAUGUUACGUGGCAAUGCGCAAGGUUCAGUUGAGGUUGGGAAGGAGAGUUCAACAGCAGAAGAAAGGGAUUAUGUUGAAGCUCAUGAAGCUGUUGGGGAGAACAAAGUUGAUCCUAAAGGUGAUGAUAGAUCUAAAGAGAAAGAUAGAAAGAGGAAGGACGUGAAGCAUCGGGACUGGGGAGAAAGGGAAAAAGAAAGAAGUGACCGUAGAAGCAAUACACAAGUUAGCAAUACCAGUGGUGACUGCAAAGAAUCUGCCAAGGAAGAUAGAGAUGUAGAAAGGCUGGAGAGGGAGAAAAAAGAUCUUCCAAAAGAGAAAGAAACUUUAAAAGAGAGGGAAAAGGAUCAGAUGAAGAGGGAAUUGUGGAAUGGAUUGGAGAAAGAAGUUUCAAAUAAUGAGAAGGAACCUGCUGAUGGAUCAGUUAAACUUCCUGAACAAGAAAUUUUGUUACCAGAGCAAAAGAAACAAAAGGAUGUUGAUAGCUGGAAAAAUGUUGAUAGAGAAGCUAGAGAGAGGAGAAAAGAAAGGGAUACUGAUUUAGAAGGAGAUAGGUCUGAUAAGCGUAGUAGGUGCUUUGACAAGGAAUCAGAUGAUGGAUGUGCUGAUGUAGAAGGGGCGAUAGAGAAGGAGAGGGAAGUCUAUAAUUAUAGCAGUCAGCACCGUAAGAGGAUACAACGACCUAGAGGUAGCCCUCAGGUGCCUAACCGAGAGCCUCGUUUCAGAUCCCGUGCCCAAGACAAUGAAGGGUCUCAAGGGAAAGUAGAAGUUUCUUCUGUUGUUUAUAAAGUUGGUGAAAGCAUGCAAGAACUGAUAAAGUUGUGGAAGGAACAUGAAUCAUCUCAAUCUCAAGUGGAUAAAAAUGGUGAAAGCUCUAAUAAUGGCCCCACUCUGGAAAUUCGGAUACCGUCUGAGCAUGUCACAGCUACAAACCGCCAAGUCAGAGGUGGCCAGCUUUGGGGGACUGAUGUGUACACAUAUGACUCAGAUCUUGUUGCUGUUCUCAUGCAUACAGGUUACUGUCGCCCAACAGCAUCUCCACCUCCUGCAGCCAUACAAGAAUUGCGUGCGACCAUUCGGGUGCUACCUCCACAAGAUUGUUAUAUUUCUACACUGAGAAACAAUGUUCGUUCCCGUGCUUGGGGUGCAGCAAUUGGUUGUAGUUAUCGAGUUGAGCGGUGUUGCAUUGUGAAGAAAGGAGGAGGAACUAUUGAUCUUGAACCUUGCCUUACACAUACAUCAACUAUUGAGCCUACUCUUGCUCCAGUGGCUGUUGAGCGGACAAUGACUACCAGGGCUGCAGCUUCGAAUGCAUUGCGGCAGCAAAGAUUUGUUCGUGAAGUCACAAUACAAUACAAUCUUUGCAAUGAGCCUUGGAUCAAAUAUAGUAUAAGCAUUGUUGCUGACAAGGGUUUAAAGAAGCCACUCUACACAUCUGCUCGUUUGAAAAAGGGAGAAGUUUUGUAUUUGGAGACACAUUUAUCCAGAUAUGAGCUUUGUUUUACUGGAGAGAAAAUGGUCAAGGCUUCGCCAGCAACUCACUUGCAUGACCCUGGCACAGAAAAGUCUCAAAAUCACCACUCACAUUCCGCAAAUGGUGAAAAAAAUGAUUGUGACAAUGUCAUGAUUGAUGCUUUCCGUUGGUCUCGAUGUAAGAAGCCUCUGCCACAGAAAGUAAUGCGUACAAUCGGCAUCCCCUUGCCUCUUGAACAUGUUGAGGUACUCGAGGAAAAUUUGGAUUGGGAAGACGUACAAUGGUCACAAACUGGUGUUUGGAUUGCUGGAAAGGAGUAUACCCUGGCACGGGUGCAUUUCUUAUCAAUGAAUUAGUUUUUAACCCCUUUAAUGUUUUGCUAGGCGUGAUGGUGGGAUGAGAUAGUGCGUUUAUUGAUAUACUUAUUUAUAAAGAUAUUGUCUCGUAACUCGAGCGGUUGUAGUUUAUGGGGCAUGGCUAUUGUUGUUCAAUAAAAAGUUAUUUAUAUUGGGUUGAUUUUUCUCUCAACUCUUGCCUGCCAGCUGAGAUUGUUGCUCUUGCUGUGUCCUAAAUUUCAAGGGUUGAAAUAAUGCUACGUGAAUCGGAUACAUUGAAGGGAGCAAAGUAUCGUAGCCCAUUGAAGGGCAAAAUGCUAAAUUGAAAACCAAAGCUGUGGUAGGACCCAAGGUGAAGGCCAUAGUUGUGUACAAUUUGGCCCUUGAGAACAUUUUUCUUGGGAAUCAGACACGAUGUUCUUCAAUUAAAAAUAACCAUCAUUGCAGAAGAAAAUUAUAGUUGUGCUUUGGUUGGUAUACAAGGAUAUUCAUUCAGCCUUCGCAUUCUUUAAAGUUUGAGCAAACUACACAACUUUUUUGUGAGAACCUUAACUUACUGGCUUUCCCUUAGUUUAACAUUACACCUACUUUUCUAAGAAUUUAAUGUAUGUCACACCUUAGUUCAUUUUCACGACAAUGAGUAUGCCAAUAGUAGUGAAUAACUACUACUACGAGCUUUUUAGAGUAAUUUUGCUCUCUUUGUAACGUUUGAGGUUACUUACAACUAAUUCUAGAUUUUGUAUUAUCAUUU